GCUGGAGCAGGAAAAGUCUGAGUGGUCCUAUAAACAGAUUCAUAGGACUGAGGGAGCAUGUUUGUCAAGUUAGAUAUUACAGUUUGCCAUUAACUAAAUGUUUCACCAGUAUUCAUGCUGGUUCUGACAAGGAAUGUUUGUUUCCUGAAUUCCAGGAAGUGAGACACUUAGGGGAGGAGGGAACUUGCAUGUUUCAGGGGUAGACAGGUCUUCAGUACCAGUAACGGGACGUCUGGAGGAGGUGCACGUUCAAUUCCCCACCCAGAGACAGGAUGCAGUCCGUCUCCUCUGGCAUCUGCUCUUGCUUGUUGGUGUGUCAGUCUCACCACCAGCAGACAUCACGGGGAGUUUUACAGCUCAGGCGAGCAGAGUUCAGGGGGGUGGCGGCUGCCUCCCCAGUGGCUCUGAGGAAAGAAUACUCCCUGCACGCAGGCUCCUGGCAUCUGCUGCCUUUGCUAGAACUGCAAGAGAGAAAAGUUUCUAACAGGUGAGUGCCAACGAAUGGGCUCAUGAAGGGGAAAGACAAACCGGCCACCCGCUCAUGCUGAGACAAGAAUGGCUCCGCCCUCUGGGCACCUCUUCCUUCUGAUGGGUGCACUGGGCGUCUUGGCUUUUGACGGCUUCACAGGAGCUCAGCAGAACAGCACACUGAUUUUCACGAAGGAAAACACCAUUCGGAACUGCAGCUGCUCUGCAGACAUCCGGGACUGUGACUACAGUCUGGCCAACCUGAUGUGCAGCUGUAAAACCGUGCUGCCUCUUGCCGUCCAGCACACCAGCUACAGUGACCGCCUGACCAUCUGGUUCACAGACACAUCUGCGCUGGGCCUCCUGUUGAACUUCGCGCUGGUCCCGGACCUGAAGCUUUCUCUGUGUGGUACCAACACUCUGCCCACCGAGUACCUGGCCAUCUGCGGGCUGAAGAGGCUCCGCGUCAGCACGGAGGCCAAAUAUUCCUCCCCGGAGCAGAGUCUACUGAUCCACGACGGGGGGUCCCACCAAGGCGGGCCAACCUGUACGUAUAUCUCCUUCGUGGAUAUGGCGCUUUUCAACAGGGAGUCAUCCCUAAAAUCAUAUAGCAUUGAAAACUUUGCCAGCAUGGCCAGCAAUUUCCCUGACUUUUCCUACUUUAAAACCGUCCCGAUUCUAAGCAACACAAGCUAUGUGGUCACAUUCAUUUACUAACACUGUCGCUGGGUCCGGCCUCCAGGAACUUGGGCACACUGUGGAUAAUCGCAGCGAGGCAUCUGUGAACAAGGUCAUGGGUACUCCCAGCCUCAAGUUCACUGCUCCCCCGCCCUCACUCACACAGAGCCAGCCCCCUCUGCUCUGCCGGUGCCCAAUCAUGGGAGCCGUUUUGAAAUAAAUAAAUUAAAUAAAAAGAAGCGAAAAACCUA